AUGGUGCAGACGUACCAGAGUCCGGUACGCGUGUACAAGCACUCGUUCGAGAUAGUCAUGGCGGCCUAUCAGAUGCGUUUCCCCACCUGUCCGCAGAUCCCGGUCUUUGUUGGGUCCGAAAUUCUCUCCGAGUACCAUUCUCCGGACGGCGCGGAAGAAGUGAUCGAAAGGAAAUGCAAACUCAAUAUUGAAGCCCCAUAUCUGUUGAAGAAGAUGGCCGGCGUCGACUACGUGUAUUUCAACCAGAAGAACUCGUUGGACCGACGACAGCGCACGCUGGUUAUCGAGGCAACAAACAUCUCCUUCUCGACUCGAUUGGUUAUCGUGGAAAAGUGUGUGUACUAUGUGAGUUUCUUUUCUUUUUGUGUUUUCUGACUUUUAGGAGGACCAAUACAAUUGAUCAAAUAUUUGAGGCUGCGUAUUUUACCCAACGUACAGUUGAAAUAAAGAGAAGACAAAUUUUAGCCAGAUUUUGUCAAAUUUGACCAAUUUUUGGUAGUUAAAGUUAUAUGAGAUGGCUAAAUCAGUAUCUCCUUGAACUUUCUGGUCUGUUGGUCCUUUUAUACCACCUCUACAAAGAUCUCCCGUCUAAAUUUACCAAAAAUUUCUCCAAAAACAUCUAAUUUUACCUUUCCAAAAAGAAAAUUAUUUUUUUUUGGUCUCAUGGAUAACAUAAAUACAUUACUUUUUUUAUCAAAAGCUUCCUUAUUUCUCUGUCUGUCUGCUGAACAUAAAAUCUUUCACUAAUUUUUGCUGUAGACCACCUCAAUUAUCGUUUUCGAUCAUCCCCUCUACCUAGUAUAAUAUAAUCUCAAAAAUCUUUCCAGGUACAUCCCGAAAACUCCGGUUGGACUUGUUUUGAGCAAAGCGCCAGUCUAGACGUCAAGUCCUUCUUCGGCUUCGAAAGUGCAGUGGAAAAAUUGGCCGUCAAGCACUAUAGUGCCAAUAUUGCCAAGGUGAGUGUCUAAAACAACAUUAUUGUUCUGUGUUUAGGGCAAAGAAAUCCUCGAAUUCUUCAUCGACGAGCUCAUCAAGAAGGGUACGACCUACAUUCCUCCUUUUGAGGAUUCGGAAGGCGGUAAAAAAUCGCCAGCAGACUCGGCAAUCGAUUUGUCCAAAAAUCAUGAUGAAGAUACGGAUGGGUCGGAAACUGAGCGCAAAACUGCUCGCCGGGAAAGCUCAAAGUCUCAGAAUGGUGUUAUUUUGGAGAAUGGCGACAAACGAGAGCAUGAAAAGAGGCGGCGCAGCUCCUUGGUCCAUCAAAAUUCGGCUUCCACCAGUGGUGUCAGAGCUACUAGUUUUGAUGAUGGUGAGUUUAUUCUGCUAUAAGAAGGUGUAGAAGAUGAAAAUAGAGAUGUUUUGGAGCAUUUGCAAGCUUGUGGCAUAUUUUUUUGUGGAUUUUUUAAAAAUUUUCUCAUGUGCAAUAUAAAUUUUGGUCAAAAAUUUAAUAAUUUGAUAUUAUAUAAGCUUGAAAAUGAUCUGAGAUUGAAUGAAAUAGUACUAUCUCAAUUUCUAGAGGGAUUUGCAACAGAUUUUUCGCCUGAAAUUUAUUUUAUUUUACCUUGUUUUAGCCGAAACCAAGCUCGAAUCGGAUUAUAUCCAAAGAUUCCUCGGCCAACUCACCCCACUGGAAGAAUCUCGUCUCUGUGAGCUGAAAUACGGCCUUCAGUCGGCGCACAAAGGCAAACUCCCCAACGACGCCCAUCUCCUCCGUUUCCUCCGGGCAAGAGAUUUUGACGUCCACAAAGCCCGCGACAUGGUCAUCAACUCACUCCUAUGGCGAAAACAACACAACAUUGACAAGCUCCUCCACGACUUCCAAGCACCUCAAGUCCUGUUGGAUUAUUUCCCCGGCUGCUGGCAUCAUCAUGAUAAGGACGGAAGACCUUUAUUUGUCCUCAAAUUGGGCCAAAUGGACGUAAAAGGACUGUUGAAGGCCGUUGGACCCGAACGAGUGAUGAGAUUCACCUUGACGAUUUGUGAACAGGGCUUGGAGAAGGCAGCGGAGGCAACGAAACGACUCGGACAACCGAUUAGGUAACAAUUUGGGGAUUUGCACGGUGCGAAAGGAAAGGUUUUUAUUGCACUGUGCGAAAGGAAAUUUUUUUUUGCACUGUGCGAAAGGAAAAGAUUUUUUGCACUGUGCGAAAAAAGAAAGAGCAGUUUUUAUCGCACUGUGCGAAAGGAAAAGGAUGUUUUGCACUGUGCGAAAGUAAAAGAUUUUUUGCACUGUGCGAAAAGAAAAGCUUUUUUUUGCACUGUGCAAAAGGGAAAGAUUUUGUUGCACCGUGCGAACGGAAAGGAUUUUCAUUGCACUGUGCGAAAGACAAAGGAUUUUUUUGCACUGUGCGAAAAGAAAAGCUUUUUUUUGCACUGUGCGAAAGGAGAGGAUUUUUUGCACUGUGCGAAAGGAAAAGAUUUUUUUGCACUGUGCGAAAGGAAAAGAUUUCUUUUGCACUGUGCGAAAGGAAAAAUUUUUUUUUUGCACUGUGCAAAGCACAAAGAAUUUGUUUCGCACGGUGCAGUCGAUUUUUUUUUUGCACUGUGCGAAAAAAGAAAGCUGUUUUUUCUACUGCACGGUGCAGAAUGAUAAUAAAUUUUUUCGCGUUUGCACUGUGCGAAAAACGAAAAUUUUUAUUUGAACUGUGCAGAAAAUGAAAGCGAGGUUUUGGCACGGUGCAGAAAUAAAAGUGUAAUUAUUGGAUUUUUUCAGCACAUGGACCUUACUGGUGGAUUUGGAAGGCCUCGGAGUCCGUCAUUUGUGGCGCCCCGGAGUUCAAUGUCUUCUGAGGAUCAUCGAAACUGUUGAGGUGAGUAAAAUACGAUUUAUUUUUUGUUUUCAAGUUUAGAUUGACUCAGGAAAUGGGAAAAUGGAUUGAUAGAGAUGAUAGAAGAGUUCAUUAAAAAUCUCAGAGAAUUUGAAAAUAAAUUUUACAUCAUUUUUGUAUCAUUUUAGGCGCAUUACCCGGAAACAAUGGGACUGGUCCUAAUCGCCCGAGCCCCACGAAUGUUCCCCGUCCUCUGGACCCUGAUCUCGCCGUUCAUCGACGAAAACACCCGCAAAAAGUUCAUGAUCAACGCCAACGAACACGUGGCCGACGAGCUGCACAAGUACAUCCCACCCGAAGUGCUCCCCGAUUUCCUCGGAGGCCCCGCCCACUUUGAGGCGUCCAAGGGCGGACAUGUCCCCAAAUCCGAGUACCUACCGCUGUCGGAAAUCAACCUCGAGGAGGAUGAUGUACUCACCUCCAUCUACACGGUCGCCACGGUCCAUAAAGGAAUGCCACAAGAGGCCUGCAUCAAGGUCCCCACCGCAGGCUGCGUCCUCACUUGGGACUUUGAUGUCAUCAAAGGCUCCUGCGAGUUUGUCGUGUACCAUACGAACAAGGUAGGCGUUUUUUGGAGGUUUUUGGUGGGUUUUGGGAUGAAAAAAAUCACAGAAAAAUCAAGAUUUUUUUUUGGAAGUUUGAGGAAAUUUUUGAGAUUUUUUGAUAUUUUUUGGAAAUUUUGGGGUGGUUUUGUGUUUUAUUGGAUGAGAAAAAACUGGAUUGGACGUAUUUUACAAUUUGAAAAGAAAAAAUUAAAUUUUGAAAAAUUUUUCGGACCUUAUAUUCGUAUUUUACAAUUUUACAUCUGAAAUUUUUUAUAAAAAAAAAAAUUUUUUUUCCCGAUUUUGAGAUUUUUUGGAAAUUUAUUGCUAAAAAAUUAAAAUUUGGUAUGUUUUUGGUACUGAAAUUUAAUUUUACACCUUAAUUUUUGUUUUUUUUUUUGCACUAUGCGAAAGGAAAAAGCUUUUUUGCACUGUGCGAAAGGGAAAGAUUUUUUGCACUGUGCGAAAAAAGACAAAAACAGUUUUUAUUGCACAGUGCAGAUGAUUUAGAAAGGCUUUGUCGCGAGUGCACUGUGCAAAACGACAAAGUUUUUUUUGCACGGUGCGGUCGAAAUCUCCUUUUUUUUGCACUGUGCGAAAAAAGAAGAAACGGUUUUUAUUGCACUGUGCAGAUUAUUUAGAAAGGUUUUGUCGCGACUGCACUGUGCAAAACGAAAAAGGUUGUUUGCACGGUGCGGUCCAAAUCUUCUUUUUUUCUUUUUGCACUGUGCGAGAAAAGAAGGAACCGUUUUUAUUGCACUGUGCAGAUGGUUUAGAAAGGCUUUGUCGCGAGUGCACUGUGCAAAACGAGAAACUUUUUUUUGCACGGUGCGGUCGAAAUCUUUUUUUUCUUUUUGCACUGUGCGAGAAAAGAAAAAAAAGUUUUUAUUGCACAGUGCAGAUGAUUUUGAAAGGUUUUGUCGCGACUGCACUGUGCAAAACGAGAAAGUUUGUUUCGCACGGUGCAGUCGAUUUUUUUGCACUGUGCGAAGAAAGAAAGAACAGUUUUUAUCGCACCGUGCAGAUUUAGAAAGGCUUUGUCGCGACUGCACUGUGCAAAACGAGAGGUUUUUUUGUGCACGGUGCGGUCGAAAUCUUUUUCUUUUCUUUUUGCACUGUGCUUGCACUGUGCAGAUGAUUUAGAAAGGCUUUGUCGCGAAUGCACUGUGCAAAACGAGAAAUUUUUUGUGCACGGUGCGGUCGAAAUCUUUUUUUUUUUUUUUGCACUGUGCGGUUGAAAUCUUUUUUUUAUUGCUGUGCAGAUUUAGAAAGAAAAAAAACUUUUUUUUUGAUAUUGAAAUUUGAUUUUACACCAAAAAUUUUUUAGACAAUCGACCAGCCCGUCCAGCCUUCGUCCCCCACCUCCCUAAACCCAAUGGAACGCAUCACAAAUGCGAUUGAAUCGGUAUCCUUAGGCUCCCCACCGCACUCCGUAAUCCAAGCCGAUCCCGAAUUGAAGCUGGGAGAAGACAUCACCGUCCAAGAACAGCCAGUAAUCCUGUCCGAGGGCGACUCGAUGCAAGGCUCCCAUUACUGCGCCCAACAAGGCACUUAUAUUUUGCAAUGGAAGGUCACCGAAGCCCCAAAUCAGCCUCCACACGCCGCGUUCGACUUCUCUUUGACUGGCCCCAAGUGCAAAUUAAUGUACUAUCAUGAGCUCUUGGACAGUGUCAACUUUCGGUAAGGGUUUUGGAGGAAUUGGGGAGGAUAUAAAGAUUUUUUGGGAUUUGGAGGGGCUGGGAGAAGGAUAAGGUAAAAAGUGUAAAUUUUUUGAAGAAUUUUACGAUUUUUUUGAUUGAUAGUGGAAGAAUAGAGCCUAAGGAGGAUUUACUACUCAACUGAAAUAGGAAAUUAUCUUUUUUGACACCUGAAUUUGAAGUUUUCCCAUGGAGAAGGAAAAAAUUUUUAAUUUUCAAAUUUUUGAAAUAUUUUUGGUUUUUUUGGGGAGAAAUGAAAAGCUAUGUACUCAGUUUGUAUAGUAGACGAUAGUUUUGUAUGUCUGAUUUUUGAUACGAUCAAAAAAUUGCGGUUUUUGGGAAUUUUUCGAUUUUGCACUGUGCGAAAGAAAAAUUUUUGGAUUAUUGCACUGUGCGGUUUAAAUUUUGAAUCGAAGUAAAAAUAAUAUGAUUUAGAAUGAACUGAGAGGUAGAAUGGGCAUCAUAAAAAUUUUCAUAUUUCUGCACAGUGCGAAAAUUUUGAGAUUUUUUGCGAUUGCUCUGUGCGAAAGAAAAAUUUUUGAAAUUUUGCACUGUGCGGUUGAAAUUUUGAAGCGAAGAAAGAAUAAAAUGAUUUAGAAUGGUCUGAGACGUAGAAUGGGCAUCAUAAAAAUUUGCAUAUUUCUGCACAGUGCGAAGAUUUUGAGAUUUUUUGGGAUUGCACUGUGCGAAAGAAAAAAUUUUGAAUUAUUGCACUGUGCGGUUGAAAUUUUGAAUCGAAGUAAAAAUAAUAUGAUUUAGAAUGAUCUGAGAGGUAGAAUGGGCAUCAUAAAAAUUUUCAUAUUUCUGCACAGUGCGAAAAUUUUGAGGUUUUUUGGGAUUGCACUGUGCAAAAAGAGAAAAUUUUAAAAAAUGAUUUUUUUUCGAUUCGAAAGUAAGGCUUGCUGUUUAUUAAUGAAAAAUGAAAUUUCAGAGGUUCGGUGGCCAGCCUAGAGUCCUGCCGCUCCUCCUUCAGCUCCCUAGCCGCCGCCGAACACAAAGACACAGCCGUUCACAGGACCCCCAAGAAGUCACCGUAA